AUGAAUUCUACAUUAAUCAUUGGUCCACAAAAUGAUUCUUUAGAACUAGAAUAUUUCGAUAAAUUACAAUCACCUUUAUUCGCUGGUGGAUCUGAAAAAUUAUCCAUUGAAAAUAAUUCAAAUAUAUGUCAAUCAAACAUUAUAAAUCAUAUUGAAUCUAAUUAUUCUCUCGAACAAACAUCUUCUGAUCAAGAAUUUCUAAUGUUAAUCUAUAAUAACAUUGAUCAAGAUGAAAAAUUAAUUUCAAAAAUGAAAUUCUUUCUUAAAAAUAAAUAUAUUCCAUUACAAAAAUCGAUUGAAAAACAAGCUCAUCAUUCAUGUGUUAUUCUAUUUUCUGUUUAUUUAAAAUUCUACCGUCGAAUUAAUUUAGCUAGAUACGAAUUAACACAAAAUGAUGAUAAAAAACCACAUCGAAAACUCUUAUCUCUAUUUGAAUAUGCAACACAUGUUUUUUAUUUAUUUUCUAAAACUAAAGGACAAGAUGGAAAUUGUAAUGAACUUUAUGAACAAAUUAAAAUCAAUUCAUUAUUUUUGUUAAAAUCAAUUAAAGAAAGUGAUUUAAUUCCAUUAGUUGAAUAUCAAACAAAAGUGAAAUUAAUAAGACAAUAUUCAAGACGAAAAGUUAAAGAAUAUAAUAUUCGUUUAAUUGGAAAUACAUUUUUAGCAUGUAAAAAAUUUAAAAAAUUAAUUUUAUCCAAAAGAAAAUUGAAUGAAAUUAAACAAAAAAAUGAAUAUAUUUUAAGACGUUCUAUAGAAGAUUUUAUUUUCAAUGAAAAAAAAUUUAAUACAGACGAAUUUUUACAAUGUUUAUUCAAACAAAAUCAACGUGCUUUAAGUAGAUUAAUUGCGUAUGAAUUUAGUUCGAAAUCUAUAGAGAAAAUGUUUAAAUUAGAAAAUAAAAAUCUUUUAAAAAUCUAUUUAUGUUAUUUAAGAAAACCAAAUAUGGACUGGACUUAUUUAGAAAAUAUAUCAUCAAUAAAUAUUCAAUUAAAAGAAAAUAUUGCAAAAAAUUAUUAUUUUAUUAUUGAAAAAAGUUUAAAAUUAUUGAAUUAUGAUGAGACUCGAUUGUAUUUAAGUAAUUUAUCUCNGAUCCAAACUCAUUCAGCCGUUGAUGAGUGA